AUUUCAAUAAAUUAUGUUUUUAUUUAUCUUUAGUUUUUUCAACAUUUGUGAACUUAUUAAUAGAGAUCAUUUUGUGAAGUUCCACUCGAGCUCGAAUUUAGAUAGGAACACACUGUAUUGAAUUCAAAUACUCCGUCUUGCUGGAAUUUCGUUUGGAGAUUGAGAGAUCGCGAAGCCAGAGAGGAUGAACGGCGGACAAGACGAAGCGAAGGGAUUUCUGUGGAAGCUACCUGUGGUUAAGUCCAAGGAGUUAGGAAAGCUCGGUCCCGGUUUCGGACUCGGCAUCGGGUGUGGUUUCGGGUUCGGCGUCGGCCUCAUUGGAGGAAUGGGGCUCGGUCCUGGGAUUUCUGGGUUGCGGAUCGGGUUUGGACUGGGUGCCGGGUGUGGUGUUGGAUUAGGGUUCGGGUACGCUAUCGGGCGGGGCAUUGGGUAUGAUGACGAGCGCAAACACUCCAAUGUUGGCUGGUCUUUCCAUCGCAAUGGCAAAUUUCCCAGUCAGUACGAGAUUAAUUCCCUAAUUGAUGAGCUUGCUAAGAGCACCAAGAAGCUGGUCAGGGAAACAUCUCGGGAGGUGGACAAAUGGAGGAGACACAAUUAGCUUGAAAAACUUGUAAUUACAAGUGUUGAUCAAGUAAAUGAAAGGUUAAAAGAGCCGGUAAAUGUAAAAUAUCCAAGGACUGAUGUGCCUUGAGAAAAAUGAAAUUCUAGUUGGUUUCACUUUGUACAUACUUUAUGUGAAUUUACUUGAAAUAGAAAUGACAUUCAACGAGAA